GCGGCGCCCGCCCUCCCUCAGCCCGAGCGGCUCGCCUGAGGCUGCUGAGGCGGCGCCGGGUGUCGAGGUCGCGGUUCCUGCUCCAACCGCGGCUCGCGGGCUCGUGCCGGCCCCGGUCCCCGGCGUGGCCGUCCGAGACCCUGCGGCGGCGGGCGAUGGUGCGGCGGAGCGCGCGGACGCGGGCGGCGCGGCGGCGGGCAUGAAGGAGGAUGGAAGGGCAGGACGAGGUGUCGGCGCGGGAGCAGCACUUCCACAGCCAAGUGCGGGAGUCCACGAUAUGUUUCCUUCUUUUUGCCAUUCUCUACAUUGUUUCCUACUUCAUCAUCACAAGAUACAAGAGAAAAUCAGAUGAACAAGAAGAUGAAGAUGCCAUUGUCAACAGGAUUUCGUUGUUUUUGAGCACGUUCACUCUUGCAGUGUCAGCUGGGGCUGUUUUGCUUUUACCCUUCUCAAUUAUCAGCAAUGAAAUCCUGCUUUCUUUUCCUCAAAACUACUAUAUUCAGUGGCUAAAUGGCUCCCUGAUUCAUGGUUUGUGGAAUCUUGCUUCCCUUUUUUCCAACCUUUGUUUAUUUGUAUUGAUGCCCUUUGCCUUUUUCUUUCUGGAAUCAGAAGGCUUUGCUGGCCUGAAAAAAGGAAUCCGAGCCCGCAUUUUAGAGACUCUGGUCAUGCUGCUGCUUCUUGCAUUACUCAUUCUUGGGAUAGUGUGGGUAGCUUCAGCACUCAUUGACAAUGAUGCGGCAAGCAUGGAAUCUUUAUAUGAUCUCUGGGAGUUCUAUCUACCCUAUUUAUAUUCCUGUAUAUCAUUGAUGGGAUGUUUGUUACUUCUCUUGUGUACACCAGUUGGCCUUUCCCGGAUGUUCACAGUGAUGGGUCAGUUGCUAGUGAAGCCAACAAUUCUUGAAGACCUGGAUGAACAAAUUUAUAUGAUUACCUUAGAGGAAGAAGCACUCCAGAGACGACUAAAUGGGCUGUCUUCCUCGGUGGAAUACAACGUAAUGGAGCUGGAACAAGAACUUGAAAAUGUGAAGACUCUUAAGACAAAAUUAGAGAGGCGAAAAAAGGCUUCAGCGUGGGAACGAAAUUUGGUGUAUCCCGCUGUUAUGGUUCUCCUUCUUAUUGAGACAUCCAUCUCGGUCCUCUUGGUGGCUUGUAAUAUUCUUUGCCUAUUGGUUGAUGAAACAGCAAUGCCAAAAGGAACAAGGGGGCCUGGAAUAGGAAAUGCGUCUCUUUCUACGUUUGGUUUUGUGGGAGCUGCACUUGAAAUCAUUUUAAUUUUCUAUCUUAUGGUUUCCUCUGUUGUCGGUUUCUAUAGCCUUCGAUUUUUUGGAAACUUUACUCCCAAGAAAGAUGACACAACUAUGACAAAGAUCAUUGGAAAUUGUGUGUCUAUCUUGGUCUUGAGCUCCGCUCUGCCUGUGAUGUCAAGAACACUGGGAAUCACUAGAUUUGAUCUGCUUGGAGACUUUGGAAGGUUUAAUUGGCUGGGAAAUUUCUAUAUUGUAUUAUCCUACAAUUUGCUUUUUGCUAUUGUGACAACAUUGUGUCUGGUCCGAAAAUUCACCUCUGCAGUUCGAGAAGAACUUUUCAAGGCCCUAGGGCUUCAUAAACUUCACUUAUCAAAUACUUCAAGGGAUUCAGAAACAGCCAAGCCUUCUGUAAAUGGGCAUCAGAAAGCACUGUGAGACACACAGCUGGCGUCUUCUGCAACCAAGAGACUCGCGAACUCCAGACUCAUGACAUUCCUGUCCCAUGUAGAAGCAUUUCCACUUCGACCUUGGCUCCUCUUCAGAUCCUAGGCCUAUCUGUGCCAUUUUGUUUUCAUAAUCUAUGAAGAACUUGGCCAUGGCUGGUCUUUUUUAAAUUUCACUUUCUGAUAGACCCUGUAGUUUCCAGUUAAACGCAGAUUCCUUAGAGACAUACAGAACAGCACAUUCUUCUGUAGACAUUUGCUCAUAUUGGUAAAUACGGUCAUCCCUAUGAAAACACUGUUUUCACCUGAUAUGACAAUGUUAGAAAAGGCAAACUCCGGGACUUUCUAAAGAUUUCCUUAAAUCCCAUUAUAUACUUUAUUCAGAAUGUAGACGCCUACCCGAAAGGCAUCCUUGGUAUUAAGUGAGGGUUCUUCAGAAAAUGCAUUUUUCAAAUGCAGUAGGAACUGCUUGUAGAUGUCAUUAUUGCAGUGUGUGUGUUGGAGUGGUAAUGGUGGCAGUUAUGUUUUUUAUUUCCUUAAAAGCAAAGGCAUAGUUUCUGAUUUCUGUUACAGAAUGAUAUUGAUCAAACUUUGAGCCAAGGGGAAAAUACUAAAUUCUUUUAAACCUAGAGCCUUAGAGAGCCACAGGAAUAUCUUCUGUUGUACAGUCUAAUAAGCUAUGGUAGGGAGUGUCAUGUAAUCAUAGUUGAAUGACAGUUUAUGCAUAUAAUUCAGUAUUACCUCUGAUAACGUAGUUGCCAGUGUUUAAUACACUUGUAACUUGGAUUUUUGCCUUAUAGGCUAUAUGUAUACUCAGUUUUUUAAAGCAUUUUUUCAAAGAUCACUUGAUUCCCCAUGCUUCUGUAAUGCUUAUGGAAACUACAAAUGCCGGGUGGUAGAAACGCCUUCUCUCCUCAUAGUCCUCAGGCUUGGUUAUACUUUUGCAUAUGCCUUUUGAAGCCUCCAAGUUUUUCCAGUUAACAUCCAAAGUUCACAGCAUCAGCAUUCAUGGUGGAAGAAUAGUUUUGCCGUAAACAUGAUCAGUCAGUUAUUAAAUUGUACAUAAUUAUUGGGAUGCUUUCUUGGCUAUGUCUACUGAAUAAAAACUAUGAACUUACACUCUGUGUUAACCAUCCGCUAGGACAGAAUACCGAAAACUGUGCAUGCAAAAUAGAAGAUGGGCCCAUUGGCACACAAUUCAUAGUUAUGCAAUCUAUAGAAAUAUGUUCACAUGCACUAUGUGUAUGAAAUACAUUGUCUGUGUUCAGACAAAAGGAUUUUUUUCAAAUUGUUAAAUGUAAAGGUUUUCUGGGAGAAAUUUUUGAAAAACAAGCUGUGUCUAUUUGACAUCAGAAAUUUCCACUUAAACCAAAAUAAGAAACUUUUAUCUGUAUAUUUAUAAACCUCAUUGAGUACAUACACUUCCCCUCAUUUAUCCCUCUGCAUUUCCUUCUGAGCUUCACAUUUAUCUAAAAUGCAGCUUGGUUUUAAAAUAAAAGAACAUUCAUUUUGGGAUUCUAAACAAUGUUCAGUAAAUACCACCAGUGUAGUACUGGUGAAUUUCUCAGCAUAAGAUUGACAUACCUAGAAAGUUAAUAAAAUUCAGCUCUUUUCCAAUUUCAUUGAUAAUUAUGCUUAUUGGAGUAUUAAUUGCAGGGUCUAACUUUUAGUGAAACUUGGAAUCCAUACUUUGAGCAGACCAAGUCAAGGGAAGAACAGAAAGAAACUCAGGAGUAGAGUAAUACCACUUUUAACUACCCAGUGUCAGGGCACAUCCAAAGAGUUCCUAGAUACUUGUAAAAUGUCUGAAAAUUUUUAAGUGAAAUAUUAAACUUUUCAAUGUCUAUUGCAACUCUUUGUUCAUUUGGAAGUUUCUUUCCAUCCGAGGACCAGUUUGGGGUUUGUAAACCUAGUACAAUGAAUUAUCAAGUUUUACACUUACUGGAUGCGUCCUCACUGCUGUGGAAGCAAAGGAUGCACGUCAGGGGUAGAAGGGCAGUUUCGAACCUGGGGACUCAGAUGCCUUUUAGAACACAUACAGACUGUUACAGACGCGGACCGCUCCAUAAUCACAGCUCCUCGAGGCGCUUGCUAGUCACAUGCACAGGCAUCUGCCUCUUGAGAGACUCACUCCAAAUGCAGGUGCUUCCAUUGGGCGUAGGUUGGAGGCUGCUCUAUAUGACAAACUCCAGAAAUGGAUGGCAGGAUAAGGAGGGCAAACACUCUGCGUCCUGGGAAGGACAGUCGCCCUGGGGUCUUCAUUCUCCUACAGUUCCUGUGCACCAGUGAAAGGAAGUAGAUGGACCCUGGAAGGCCAGAGCUCCAAAUGCUCAGAAUCAUUCACUCUGGAACUACAAUUUCGUUUCUAACUGGACGGGGUGCACCAGUGACUGCAUUAAAUCAAGCAGUCGUUUUAUUCUCUUUCCUUCAGUCUCUUCAAGGGCAUUAGGCACUAUGGUCCCAGAGCUUCUUGGGGAAGCUUUGCAAUUUAUUAUUGAUUGGUUCUGCAAUACCUAAAUAAAUUGUUUUACAAUUAUGUUUUCUGAUUAUAACAUUUGUAUUAAUUUUUACUGAUUUUCCAAGAUACUUCUUAGAUUUACUAUUUAUGUAGCUUUGUGUACAUUCUCUGUAAAAACAGACCUCUAAGACACUUCACGUGAAAAUUGUACACAUCAUCAUACACUAAUGUUAGCCCCUUACAUUGCUACACUCAGGUGCUGCUGAGUGGAGAUGGAUGGAGCCUCUCGCGUUUUGCUCUCAGGCGCAUUAAAGGCACACCUGUGCCUGCUCUGGGCAGCAGCAUGGCCCCCCACAAUCUGCUGGAUGCCUGUGGCCCUCUCGGCAGCCUCAGUGAUGACCUCAUCUGCCAGGGAAACAGGUUUUCAUCAUUUAUACACCCUUACAUGCUUGUUUGGUUGGUAGCAUGUUAUUUAAUGCGUAAAGGUAGAAUUCUUACAAGUUUGUUUAAAAAAUGUGAACAUAGAUACAGCACUGACUUUUUAAACUUGAAAAAAUUGGUAUAAUGUUAAUUUUUUAAAAUAACAUUUGGACAUACUAGUUAUUUUUGUUGACAGAUUGUCUUGUUUACAAAUUGUUAGCCUUUGCUUCUAUGAGAUACUUUCAGUGUGACUUUUAAAAUGUCUUAGAAAUUAAAGUUUUACAAAAAGUGA